AUGCUCUCCGUACGGCGCCUUUCGCAGCUGCGGCUGGCUGGCGUGUCCCCCGCGGCCGGGGUGGCGCGCCGCUUUGCCUCCGCCGCCUCCAUGGACUUCCUCUUCAACCCAACCCCGGAGCACAAGAUGCUGCGGGAGACGAUUGCGCGGUUCGCGACGGAGCGGGUCGAGCCCCUGGCGAGGCAGAGCGACAUCGAGAUGCGCUUCAGCCGCGACCUCAUGCGCGAGCUGGGCGAGCUCGGCGUGCUUGGCGUGACCGUCCCGGAGGAGGCCGGCGGGGCGGGGAUGGACGCCUCCGCCUACGUCAUCGUGCACCACGAGCUCUCCAGGGCGGACCCCGGCUUCUGCCUCGCCUACCUGGCGCACUCCGUCCUCUUCGUCAACAACUUCUACAACUCCGCCACCCCCGCGCAGCGCGAGCGGUGGCUGCCGAAGGUGCUCUCCGGCGAGCAUAUCGGCGCCAUGUGCAUGUCGGAGCCGGGCGCGGGCACCGACGUGCUGGGGAUGUCCACCACCGCCAAAAAGACGGGCGACGGGAGGUACGUCCUGAACGGCUCCAAGACGUGGAUCACGAACGGCACCGUCGCCGACGUGGUGCUCCUCUACGCCAAGGUGGCAGGGAAAAUCACGACCUUCGUGGUGGAGAAGGGGACGCCGGGGUUCACCUGCGGCGCAAAAAUCGACAAGUGCGGCAUGCGCAGCUCCCAGAUGUGUCAGCUUUUCUUUGACAACGUGGAGCUCGGCGAGGAGAACCUGCUGGGGGCGGAGGGGAGGGGCGUGGUGGGGAUGAUGCGCAACCUCGAGAUCGAGCGCCUCACGCUGGCCGCUAUGGCCGUCGGCAUCGCAGACCGCUGCGUGGAGCUGAUGGUCCGCUACGCCGGCGAGCGCCAGGCGUUUGGGAAGCCGAUCUGGAACUACGGCCAGAUCCAGCGCCUCAUCGCCGAGAGCUACGCGGACACGGAGGCCGCCAAGGCACUCACGUACGCCGUCAGCCGCAGCGUGUCGCCAACGUCGCACAAUCGCCUUGGCAGCGACGCCUGCAAGUUGUUUGCCGCUCCCGUCGCGAAGCGUGUGGCGGACAACGCGAUGCAGGUGAUGGGCGGCAUGGGGUACUCGCGCGACAUGCCGGUGGAGCGGCUCUGGCGGGACGCGAAGCUGCUUGAGAUCGGCGGCGGCACGCUCGAGGCGCACCAGAAAAACAUUACAAAGGACUUGAUGAGGGGGUUGUAG